CAGCAACGACCAAGAAAGAGCACUGAUGAGGAGACACUAAGAGGCACUUCUUCAGGAUGCGGUGUCAGUCCCCAGGAGGGGAUUAUAACUACAACAAUGAGGUGGAAGAAGAUGAGAAUCCAAGCUCUUUUGGUGAUUGCGUUUGGAUUGACGGCUUCUCUCAAGAGCUUGUCCAGGUGGACAUCCGUUCCUCCUCUGCCGGCUGAUGAUACCGGUACGCAGACAAUCCAACCACAAGACACCGUCGAAACUUCCUCCUCAAAUAAGAAUUCCCAUCGAGUCAUUUUUGUGGGAAAAUUUGGAUUGGGACAUCGACUGAGCAAAAUGACGGCAGCCUAUCAUUUUGCCCACGAGCUGAGAGAUGCCACCAAGCGACCCAUCGUGCUGGAAGCUCAGUGGGGGAUGUGUCGUGCUGCGGAAGAGGGAGGAGACAGCCACCCAAUCUUUGAAUAUCUGUUUGGUGACAAGAAAGUCCCGUUGAUGACAAUAGAUGAGCCUUCAAGAGCAGCUACGAACAUCGGCAAAGAGAUUUGGAUCCGCAAUGACUGCCCAGGAUAUUUUGCCGGUCAAAACUUUAAGAAUGCUCGACAGCCUAUUCCCAAAAGCUACCUACAAGACAAUCCUCAGUCGCCAUUCUUUCAAAAGUUGGAUUUGGAUGCUCAUCUGUAUCAGUGGCUACAAGACAAAUUUGAGGAGAUCCAUCCAGAAGCCUUGAGGUUCCGUGAGAGACACCAAUUUGCCGAUCAUUUGGUGAUCGGAUUGCACAUUCGUGCUGGAAACGGAGAACAAGAUAACUUUCUGCAACAGAACCGAGAUGUGGCUAAUGUGGACGAGUUCCUCUCCAAUCUCAUUGUGUUAUUGCAACAAUUCUUGGUCGAGAAGAGCUCCUCCUGGAAAUCAUCCAAAAAGCCACCCCUUCUAUUCCUCGCCACCGACACACCCACUGUCAUUCCUGUCGUGGAACAAGCAGCUGAGAAAUGGAACAUUCCUGUGGUAACACUCCAACAACUCCAAUUACAACCAAAUGAGGGCGUCACGUUCUCACAAGUCAAAACUGGCACACGGUGCUUGGAGGCCUGGAAGGCCAUGGUGAUGGAUAUGAUACUGUUGGGACACGCAAAUGUUCUUAUAGCGGCCAUGCGGUCCUCCUUUACACAAACCAUGCCCAUGACAAUGGUAUUCCAUCGCGCCGCUGACACACUCAGCAAUAAUUCACCGCGGUUUUGUGAGGUUGCCCCAUCGGGACGGGCCAUGACAUGUGUUGGGACGCGGCAAGCCUGGUUGCACCGCAAUGAUCCCAGCAGUGAAUGGACCCUGAGUUUGGACGAAAAUUCUUCAUCAGUGGUUCACAAGAUUGUUGUACAUUUUCCAGAUGUGGAUCAGGACGACAAUCAGUUUCAACGGGAUUGGCAGAAGGCCGUCUCUUUCUUGCAAGACCCAAAUGAUCAAGCAUCGACCAUGGUAUGGGGCAAUGGCAAAACUAUCAAUAAGAAAUAUCGGAAGCGAAGUCAAGGGAAGAGUUUCACUACCGAUUGGACAAUCUACUAGCUAGCAUUCUUAUGUCAAGCCUGCCGGUGACAAGUUCUUGCAUGAUUCGUCGUGCAUGGACCGAACUGACAACGCUACAUUUCUUUGGUCGAGAAUUGCAUAUUUUUGCGGAGGCUGAAGAAGAUGGUCGAAUGAAAGAGUAGUCUUCUCUGGUGCUCACUGUAACUGCAGAAGGAGGACCAAUCGUUGGCACAAAGCGUUGCUCAAGGGGAUACAGCGAUGCACACGACAACUAUUCGUGAUGCCGGAGGAAUGAUUCAAUCCAUUCGCUUUUGCGUGUGGAACUGGAAACCGCUUUUUUGGCACCAAACUGGUUAGUAGCGUUUCGAAGAAGUGGCUGUCACCUCCACCAAUUUUUGAUAGGCUCUGGCAAACGUUCGAAAGAACCGUGGCUCAUCGCGUGCAAACGCUUUCACAUAUCGGCGCAAUCCGGGGUCGACCGCCAGAGCCACAUCCGUCGGUAUAAAGGCAACAUCUCCGAGCUGAAUAUCUCGGUCAUACCAUCGCAGCAAGUAUUGA